GUGGGCGCCGGCGCUACUCAUUCUGGCAUGCAACGCUCUGCUCUGGAUCCAAACGCGGGCAGAUGCUUUUGAGAAUCCUCAGAAGCAGGCAGAUGCAAUGGAUACUAGCCUGCCCUCGAGCCCCUCGGGGCCGUCGCUUUCGAAUCAUUUCUUCACCCCUCCUGUUCUUGGAGUUCUCACAGGUCUCUUGAUAGGCGCAACGCCUCUCAGUCAACUCUUCCUGCUGCCACGUGGCGGCGACGGACUGGUCGACACGAGUACUCUGCUGAUCGACAGCGGGUCCCUGCUGGCGUGGCUGCAAUGGCAAGCGGGCGAGAUGGCAGGGUGCAUGCACUGCUUCAUGGAGGCUGCAUCGUUCCUCGGUUCAGCCGCUCUGCCACUGCACCUCAUGGCGCUCGUCUCCUCUCUGGUCCCCUCCCUCGAACCAUGUCAAGCCCAGCAUCAACAUCAUCAACAGCAGCAGCUGCAGCAGCAAGCCAUACUCGCACCUGUCAAGGCUACACUGCCCAGAGAUGCUGCUGCUUCUACACCGGAGCUGCCCCUGUAA